UGCCGCCAGGAGUGCGCUUUGUCUUCGAGUUUCAAACGUCAACCGGCGUUGCCUUGCAAUUCUUGCUUGCUUCGCAACUAGUAUGUAGAUAAAGUUCUUUUUAUGGUUAAAAAAAGAUUUUUCGUUUAUCUUUUAAGCCUAUUGAUUGUUCGCACGUAGUAGUAGGAGGUAAAUUGAUAAUCGAACUCAUUACAUCACGUCAGCAAAAUGAGUCAGCUAAGCUUUCAUCGUAAACUGGAUCCUUCAGAUCCGCAGAAGAUGCCCGUGUUAAUAAUUGGACAACAGCGUCACCUGAGCGAGCUCUCAUUCGACCGGAUUCGUUGCAAGCUAGAACCUUGUGUGUCGGCAGAAAUCUUUCAAAAAGCGGUUUCCCACUUGCGCCCAUCGCCGACUAAUUCCUGUUCUCUAUACCUGGACCAAGCUCGGAUUGCGGUUUUACCAACUAAAGCAUCCCGACAUAACACGGAUUCGCGAGCUCAUGCACUGACAAAAUUAGUUCAGACUCAUACAACCGGGCUCAGCGAAACGAUAGUUAUCGUAUGUGAACGAAGCAACGUAUUUGCAUCUGCUUGCGCCGUAGCCAGAGCUUAUCCAUUGUACUGUCGUAAGAGUGCUAAGCCGGUAGAUACCUACAACUCUGUUCAAAACCCUACACAGCCGAGUAAAAUCAGUGUCGAGUUUGUUCUGUUAGGAGAUGCCGGAGACGCAUCCUUGACGGAUGAGGAUGUUAAAGUACUGAAAUAUGCUGCAGACGGGAUUCGUUUGACUGCCAAAAUCGUAGAUGCUCCGUGUAAUGAAAUGAAUGUAUCGGGAUUCCUGCAUGAAGUUGAAGCUGUAGCCAAGGAGUUAAAACUAGUGCCUAAGAUUAUUCGUGGUGAAGAGCUAAAAAUGAAAGGUUUUGGUGGUAUUUAUGGAGUCGGAAAAGCUGCGGCAGACCCUCCGGCUUUAGCGGUACUGUCAUUUAAGCCGGACGGAGCAACUGAAACCGUUGCUUGGGUUGGUAAGGGAAUCGUUUUUGACACUGGUGGCCUUAGCAUAAAAGGUAAAACGGCUAUGCCCGGAAUGAAACGAGAUUGCGGAGGUGCUGCUGCUAUUCUCGGUGCUUUCUACGCUGCUGUAAAAAGUGGUUUCCGGCAGAAUUUGCACGCCGUGUUCUGCCUAGCAGAAAAUUCCGUCGGACCGAACUCAACUCGCCCGGAUGACAUACAUAAAUUAUACUCCGGACUUACGGUUGAAAUCAACAAUACUGAUGCGGAAGGUCGCUUGGUUUUAUCCGAUGGAGUUUGCUAUGCUGAUCGUGAGUUGAAAGCUAAAGUAAUUUUAGAUAUGGCCACACUGACUGGAGCUCAAGGUAUUGCAACAGGAAAGUAUCAUGGUGCUAUUCUCACCAAUAGCGAGCGCUGGGAAAUCAAGGCGCUCGCGAUCGGGCGUCACACAGCUGAUCUACUGUCACCAGUUCCAUAUUGUCCGGAAUUACAUUUCAGCGAGUUCAAUUCAGCUGUAGCGGACAUGAAAAACUCAGUUAUGGAUCGUGGUAAUGCUCAGGUUAGUUGUGCUGGACUUUUCAUUGGGGCACAUCUGGGAUUUGAGUAUGAUGGAGCGUGGCUACAUAUAGACAUGGCUUCUCCGGUCCACAGCGGAGAACGUGCAACUGGAUACGGAGUAGCGUUAUUAUUGGGACUAUUUGGUGACCAUAGUCAUGCCGAAAUGUUACAAGACAUCGCUGCUAGUAGCACAAACGCAACGAUUAUGGAUUACGGAUUAAAACCAGCCAAUGAACCGCAGUUGAAAAAAGCUCGAGUUGAUUGAAGAAGCACUAUGUUGAGUGGCCAAUUGUAAGACUACAUCGAUAUACAAUUAUACAAUAAAGCUUGCAUACUUUUCGA